GGUCUCAAGUGACCCCUGGGAAACUCCGGUGUCCGGGACGGAGCCGAGCGCCUACAUGAAAGGAGGGACCUGGGUGGAAGUCCGCCCCUACCUGAGCCGGGAACUCCAGCUGCAGGCUCCGCAGCCCUUCCCCAGCGUGCUGGCUGGCUUGGCCGCGUCUACGCACGACCCGCGAGGAUCCGGAUGGCCGUGAGGUGGACCUGGGCAGGCAAGAGCUGCCUGCUGCUGGCGCUUUUAACACUGGCUUACAUCCUGGUGGAGCUCUCAGUCUCCACUUUGUAUGCCUCCCCAGGAGCCGGCCAGGCCAGGGAGCUGGGGCCAAGGCGGCUCUCAGACCUUGAGACCAGGGAAGAGGAUUUGUCUCAGCCUCUUUACUUAAAGCCCCCUGCAGAUUCCCAUGCUCUUGGGGAAUGGGGGAGAGCAAGCAAACUCCAGCUCAGCGAGGGUGAACUGAAGCAGCAAGAGGAACUCAUUGAGAGAUAUGCCAUCAAUAUUUACGUCAGUGACAAGAUCUCCCUGCACCGCCACAUAGAGGAUAAAAGAAUGCCUGAGUGUAAAGCCAAGAAGUUCCACUACAGGUCGCUUCCCACCACCUCCGUUGUCAUCGCCUUCUAUAAUGAAGCCUGGUCCACUCUGCUUCGAACCAUUCACAGCGUUUUAGAAACGUCUCCUGCGGUGCUUUUGAAGGAGAUCAUCUUGGUCGAUGACUUGAGUGAUAGAGUUUAUUUGAAGGGACAGCUUGAAACUUACAUCAGCAAUCUCGAGAGAGUUCGCUUGAUUAGAACCAAUAAGAGAGAGGGGCUGGUCCGAGCCCGCCUCAUUGGGGCCACUUUCGCUACCGGGGAUGUCCUCACGUUCCUGGACUGCCACUGUGAGUGUAACACUGGCUGGUUGGAACCCCUUUUAGAAAGGAUUAGUACAGAUGAAACGGCAAUUGUAUGCCCUGUUAUUGAUACAAUCGAUUGGAAUACUUUCGAAUUCUACAUGCAGACUGGGGAGCCCAUGAUUGGUGGGUUUGAUUGGCGGUUAACAUUCCAGUGGCAUUCUGUCCCCAAACAUGAAAGGGACAGGCGGACAUCAAGAAUUGACCCCAUCCGGUCACCCACCAUGGCAGGGGGACUGUUUGCUGUCAGCAAGAAGUAUUUUCAGUACCUGGGAACAUACGACACCGGGAUGGAAGUCUGGGGAGGGGAAAACCUUGAGCUGUCUUUCAGGGUUUGGCAAUGUGGUGGCAAACUGGAGAUCCACCCAUGUUCUCACGUGGGCCAUGUGUUCCCCAAGCGGGCGCCAUACGCGCGCCCCAAUUUCCUACAGAAUACUGCCAGGGCAGCCGAAGUCUGGAUGGAUGAAUACAAAGAACACUUCUAUAACCGGAACCCUCCAGCUCGGAAAGAGGCCUACGGUGAUAUUUCUGAAAGAAAGUUACUGAGGGAGCGGUUGAAAUGCAAGAGCUUCGACUGGUAUUUGAAAAACGUGUUUUCUAACUUACACGUCCCUGAGGAUAGACCUGGCUGGCACGGGGCUAUUCGCAGUAUGGGCAUCUCUUCCGAGUGCUUAGAUUAUAAUGCGCCUGACAACAACCCCACGGGUGCUAACCUUUCCUUGUUUGGCUGCCACGGUCAAGGAGGCAAUCAGUUUUUUGAGUACACUUCCAACAAAGAAAUCAGAUUUAAUUCUGUGACCGAGUUAUGUGCGGAGGUCCCCGAACAAAAGAAUCACGUAGGGAUGCAGAACUGUCCCAAAGAUGGUCUCCCCACUCCAGUAAACAUCAUCUGGCAUUUUAAAGAAGACGGAACUAUUUUUCACCCUCACACAGGACUGUGUCUUAGUGCUUUCCGGACAGCUGAAGGCCGACCCAGUGUACAGAUGAAAACUUGUAAUGCCCUUGAUAAAAAUCAGCUCUGGAGUUUUGAGAGAUAGAUGAGCAGGACGGCAUCUUCUUUGGGGGAGCUGACAGUAGCUUCUGGAAAGUCAAAAGUGCCCAGUGAUGAUUGCAUUUUUCCCAGAAGUCACCCAGCAGCUUGGCCGAGAGAACACUGGAAAGCCACGGUUCUUCUGGGGAUAUCACUCUGAAACUGGUGCACUGCUCAGUAUCUUAAAGUGCCUUCUUUCUUCGCGGGCUGUUUUAUUUAAAAGCUUUGUCCAUGUGGUCCCCUCCUUCUUUUUAAAGAAGCUGCUGUGAAUUGAGAUGCACAAAACCCUUAAGUGUGGGCUGUGGGUGUAGCUCAGCAGCAUAGGCAAGACCCUGUGUCUGAUCCACAGCACCACGAAAUACACACUUAAGUUCAAGACUUAAUACUAAAGAAUGUAAAAGUCCAAGCAAAAUGGGGUAUGAUCAUGCUAAUUGGUAAAUUCACUGCCUGUCCUUUUCUUUUUAUCAAAACUUGUGAAUGUGUAACUAGAACUAUUACUAUUUUGAUUUUGUAGGAUUUGAAUUUCUUUUAGGCAGCACAUUAAAUUUGAGGUUUUUAAAAACUAAUUUGUCUUUGAUCAAGUAGAAGUUGGGCGAAUUUGAUCUUGAGGAAAAGGCCUGGUGUCGAUAUAUGUUUUUCAUUGGCAGAGGGUAUUAGUCUGCAUGCAAGUUUGGAAUGCAAGUCUGCUCAGAAACCUUGACUCAGGCCAAAAUGAAAUGGUGAGACAUUGACAUUCCGUUCUUUGUACACGUGAGCUAUUGGACUGAACUGACCUAUAUAUCAAUACCUCACAUCACUCUGACUCUGUAAGCUGUCCUCUCCGUGAACUUGUUUGUGAGUAUAGGGCAUUUUCUGAUUGCACUUCCUUAAGGUUUGAAUGUACUAGAACGGGACUCAGAAUACUGCGCCUCCCUUUGUUAAAUGCCUAAUCAUUUCAAGUAAACACCAUUGAGACCUCUGAAGCUAACCCCCAGUGUGUUUACUGAAAUGUGUGAACCUGAAAGUGGGCCCAGUUCUGCAAAGAGUGUUCAGCUCCUCAUGAGUUCUUGCCCACCUGGAAAUUUGGACGAUGUAUCUUAAGACUGCGAGGGGGGAAAGCCUGCACUGGUAGGUGGUGAUGGCUGCCUUCAAGCUCAUUGCCAACACCUGGCAGCCUGGGAGCUCUCACGGUGGGUGAACAACUGGCUCAGCGGAAGGAUGACCUCGGCUGAGUGCCUUAUCUUGCUUGGGCCUCAGUUUCCCCAUGGAUUGGUUCUUGAGGAUCCCUUUCGAUCUGAAAGAUCAGUUGUACAUCCUCCUGUCCCCUGCGCAUCCACUGUCACUUCUAGGGACUCUUUUGUGUCCUUACUUUGAACAUAGGUAGUGCUGAGCAGCUGAGGAAUGUUCAGUGCUGAAGACAGAGAAGCCAGUUUUAAACUUCCGGGAGCUGAACUCACCUGAAGUGGUGUGUCUCUCCGUGGAUGUUAUUAUAGUCAGUUGUAUAGUCAUUUUAUUUUGACAGUUGUUGAACUGAUUGUGUCUUUUAAAAGUUUUAAACUUUCAAAGUAAUUCUUUGACUAAGCGUAUAAAUAUUUCCCAAACUAAAUUAUUUCAGAAGUAAAAACAUUUUAAGACAUUUACUGGUUCCCUACUAACAUUUUAUUCAGAAAUCACAGGGUAAAUUUGGGAGUGAGUCUCAGCUUCUUGACUGUGGUAUGAAAAAUGUGUUGCUCUGCAGAGAACCAGUCCUCAGGAAUUCACAAGAAAAUUGUUUUCACUGUUCACUUGACAGCUUGGAUGGAGAGAGGGAACUUUGUAAACCCUGAAUUUAAGUAACUUGUUUCGGGUGACCAUUUCAAAACAUUAAAGCUUGUGUGUACGUGUGA